GAAAGACAGGGUAUUUGGGCCGUCUAUAAAGGCCAUUUUUCGCUGUCUUUUUUGGUUCUUUACUUGUACACCCUAAAUGUGUCACUGGAAUUUUUCUAGUCCAAAAGAAACUUGCAAAAUUGAGUAAACCCAAAAGAAUCUGAUAGUUCGGGUUUUCAAGUCCAGAAGUCCGACAUUUUACCAUGCAUAAGUAAACAGAACGAGCCUGCGAGCUUUUAGCCAGCUGACCCUCAAAAUGGCGGACACCGUUCCAUCUCUUGGCUAUCCGAAGUUUUCCCUCAGUGAAUCGCGAUUUGAUCAGACAACAUAUCUUGGUAGAUAUAAACGUUGCCUUGAUGUGACAGACCCUAGAACUUUGUUUGUUGGAGAGAAAAAGCUUCAAGAAUCCAUAAAGCUAUUACAGCAAUUUGAAAAUGGCACAUUACCACAAGGAACUACAGACCAGAGGCUGUGGGAGGCAAGAAAAGUAAAGGAGGCCAUUAUACAUCCAGAUACUGGAAAGAAAGUCUUGAUGCCAUUUCGAAUGUCAGGAUAUGUACCUUUUGGAACAGUAACGGUUGUAGGAAUGCUGUUACCAGCACCAUCUUUGAGGACUGUAAUAUUUUGGCAGUGGAUGAACCAAAGUCACAAUGCCGCAGUGAACUACUCCAAUAGAAAUGCAAGCAAGCCAACACCAACCAGCAGAUUCGUGUUGAGCUACUUUGGGGCUGUUACAAGUGCGGUCACAAUUGCUCUAGGAUUGACUACACUGGUUAAAAGAGCAAAGAUUUCCAAUUCUUCAAUCAAAGCCUUACUUCAACGAUUAGUGGCCUAUCCUGCUACAGCAACUGCGAACAUCUGUAACGUGGUCCUGAUGAGGAACCACGAGCUAUUUACGGGAAUUGAAGUGAAAGACAAAGAGGGAAAUGUUGUGGGAACUUCAAAAAUAGCAGCUCGAAAGGCCGUGUUUGAAACAACUCUGACACGAAUCCUUCUUCCGUUACCUGUUUUGGUUAUUCCACCAUUUGCCAUGCAGCUUUUAGAAAGGACGAAGUUCAUGGUAUCACGUCCCAGACUCCACCUUCCCGUUCAAGCGCUGGUUUGUGUUGCAGCUUUUGGCUUUGGUCUUCCUCUGGCAAUCGCGCUCUUUCCUCAAACAUCUGAGGUUUCACCGGCUGAUCUCGAACCAGAAAUCCAAAUGAUGACAAAAGAGACCAAGCUUUUCUACAACAAAGGACUUUGAAAUCUACCAACAAUGAAAUGUAAUAGGUGUUUUCUUGAUUUUAAUCAACAAUGUAAAACUUGAAAGGAAAGGGUGGUCAGUUAUUGGUUCCGAACUCAGUAAUAUUUGUACUUAGGUUAGGGACAAAAAAAAUUUGUACAUAAGUAUUAAAGUCUGAUCUUAGAGCUCUUUGAAA